AUGUCUUAUCUAUCUUACUCACUGGCGGCCGCCUCCCUGCUCGUAACAUUCAUUGUCACCAUUCUUAAUGGCAUCUGCUACGCAAUCUCGAAAGCCUCGCCCAAUGUGGCCUCAACUAUUCUAAGUGCAGUGAGCUGUGUGGCUUUGAUUGCCCUCAGUCUGCUGCACCACCAAAACAUUCAAGCCGGCCGCCAACAAUGCAUCUAUUUCGCCGGCGGAUAUCUCCUCAUUGCCGCUGCUGCAUCUGCCGGGGCAAUGGCAAUGAGCCCUCAAGGCUCGGUCUUUGUGGUUCGCUCUGUGUUCUGGGCACUAUCAGUCUUUGCACAAGGCUUGUACUGUGGAUUCCUUGUGAUGACACUAGUCCAGGAGAAAUCCAAUCCUGAAUGGCCGCGGGCAUACUCCGAAGAGCCCUACUCCCAGGAGCUCAAGAACAUCCCACAAAGCCCUAAUUUCCUUCCAUCCCCCCUCGACCGCUACUCAGACGCAACACUCUGUCCUUCAAGCACCAAGGAAGAAAAGCACGCUUCCAUCGACACAAAUUCCUCAACCCACACCUCACCAAGCCCAUCCCCAACACGGGACAGAAAGCCAGACACCCUCCCAGACCGGGACACUCACCUCCUCCGAGGCCCCCACAGCAUCCGUAGCAUGCCCAGCCUACGCCGCAACCCACCAACCGCACUCUCCUUAGACAGUUUAGUACACCCAUCAAUGCCUUCACCAACCGCGUCCACAAUCCGUGUCGACUCCCCCACACAGUCCACCUCCAACAACUCAACGUGGGAAUACAACCCAUUCGGCGAGGACAACAUCCACCCUCUCUUCCGCUCAACGAGCCCCUGUCCAUCCCCAACAUUUGCACCGGGCACUAUGGUCAAAGCCUCACCGAGCGCGGGACAUACCAUCACCCCAGGGACGAUCACGCGCAUGAGAUCUGCCCGCUCCCUCCGCGACCAGGCGAUGCGUACGCCCUCCCCGUUGCCCGGGUUGGAGUCGGACGAAACUCUCCGCACGAGACCGAAUCCGACUCGAGUUGAUUUUGCUAAGAAGAGAUAUGACUUGAACGAAUCCCCUUAUGAAAAGUGA